AGGAAACAUAUUGAUUUAGCCAACACAAAAUGGCUUUAUUUUCACAGAAGAUUGAAGAAAGGACAGACCUUAAAGAAGGAGACCAUAUAUAUACAUGGAGGAAGAGAAUAUAUAGUCAUCACGGCAUUUUCAUUGGGAACGACAAAGUUAUUCACUUUGUGAACCCUAAAGGAAAGGGUGAGGGUUCUCUCAGUUUAAUGCCAUUUAUAUUCUCAUCGAGUGUCAUGCAAAAGACGCCUUGUUCAAAAUCUUACUGUGGGUUGGAGAAAGUUCCUGGAAGCGGAGUGAAGUUAUCUUGCAUAGAUUGCUUUAUAUCCAAAGGGUCACUAUACCUAUUCAAAUACCAAGUAAGCCUCGAUUUUCUUUUUUUGAAAGGUCGUGGUGGAACAUGCACGACGGCAAAAUCUGAUACACCACAAGAGGUGAUACAUAGGGCUACUUAUCUGCAUGAAAAAGGGUAUGGAGAGUAUGAUUUAAAGAGCAAUAAUUGUGAAGAUUUUGCACUUUAUUGUAAAACUGGUCUUUGGAGCAAUAAUAUAGAGUAUCAAGGGAGGAGCAGCCAAGUGAAUAUGGUUCAUCCAAAAACCAAGGAUGAAAAUGAUGAAGGAAUGGUAGGGACUGUGCUACGGAUGGUGACCGCCAUUCCAAGAUCCUUCUCAAAGAGAGAGGAUAAAGACUUGGGAAUUCGAGAGGACGUAGUGAAUGUGCCUGUUGAAGAGCUGUCUUCUUUUCGCCUUGCUCUAAAGUACAACAGUUUUCUAUAAGCUACAGAAACUAAUUGUGUAAUAAAUUCUGUAUUUUAUUCUUAUAUCAUCCAAUCGAUUGAUCAUAAUCGUUCUUCUUUAAUCAUCCUACUGAUCAUCUUGGCAAAGUGUUUGUAAUAAGAUUCUUAUUGUAUGAUUGUGUAAUACUGGUAAUAAUUUCUAUUGAAUAUUGAUUCUGGUAAA